CUUCACAUUGCAUUGCCUUCAGUCCUAACUCUGCAUCGGUCUCUCUGUCAUGAGCAGAGAGAUGAGUCGCUGUGCAGAGCACCUGAAGGGCUUCCUAGCCCGAGUGGAGGCCAAAGCAGGGCAGGAGAAAGGGCAGCUGGCGGAGGAAUUCCAGGAAAUCAAGGCCCGAGCUGUAGCAUUUCAACAGCAGCAGAGCAUUUCCACAGAGGCUGGUGGCAAUAAGGAGAAUAUCAAGAAGAACCGUUACAAAGACAUCUUGCCGUAUGACCAGACACGAGUAGUUUUAAACUUACUGGCAGAAGAAGGGCAAACAGAUUAUAUCAAUGCCAACUUCAUCCAGGGUGUGGAUAACAAGAGGUGCUACAUUGCAACCCAAGGACCCCUUCCACAUACAGUGAUUGACUUCUGGCGCAUGGUUUGGCAGUACAGGGUGAAGGUGAUUGUCAUGGCAUGCCGAGAAGUGGAAAUGGGGAAGAAAAAAUGUGAGCGUUACUGGCCUUUGGCAGAGGAAACCUUGUCUUUUGGACCCUUCUCUGUGACGCAGGUUAAAGAAGAAGAGCUCAAUCCAGAUGUCAUUCUGCGGAUGCUUACGCUGAAAUAUCAGCAGGAGGAACGGGUCAUUUCCCAUUUUCAGUAUGUGGCUUGGCCAGACCGAGGUAUCCCAGACACUUAUGGAUGCUUCCUUGACAUGAUUGAGCAAGUGAGGAAUAAACAAGGGGAGGACACCGUACCCAUCUGUGUACACUGCAGUGCUGGCUGUGGCCGAACAGGUGUGAUCUGUACACUGGAAUACAUAAGGAGGCUGCUGCUCAAACAGAGAAUCCCACCACAUUUCAGCAUUUUUGAUGUUGUCUUGGAAAUGAGGAAGCAGAGGCCAGCUGCUGUUCAAACCCAGGAACAGUACGAGUUUGUAUAUCACGCUGUCACAGAAAUGUUCCGGGCUGCACUGGGUUUCUCGAAUCCCCACUAUGAAAACCUGAAAGAGAACCAUCUUCCCCUCUAUGACGACGCCCUGUCUCUCCGACGCCCGGCUGCAUCCCUCUUCAAACGGAGCAACAUCCUCCGGAGUAUCUCAGUGCCGGCUGAUCCAACACCAGCAACUCUUCCAGAACUGCCGCCAAAGCUUGUCAGAGGCAUGGGAGAUACCUAUGCAGUAGUGAACAAAGCCAGGCGAAGUGGAGCCGGGACGUCUCCCAGCUCUCCUCCCAGUGAGGCCAAACUCAAAGUAGAGGGACCCCUAUAUGCCACUGUGAAGCCAAAGAACAGCAGUGCAGGUGACAUCCCCCCAACAAUUGACCCCAAUGCCUUUGUGGGAAUACAAGCCAGCCAGUCUCUGCCGGGGAGCCCCGUACGACGUCCACCUUCCACCGUGGUCUGCGAAUAUGCCCUAGUGAAUUCAUCAGUUUCAGGGGAUUCCAAUUCCAGAGCCACUUCAUCCCCGUCUCAUUCUAAUGGAUUUGGGAAAAGCCUUUUAAAGAAUUUGAGACCCCCGGUAUUCACGUCUCCUGGAAAGAAAGCUCCACCAUCUCCGCGAAUUGCCAACACACAAGCAUAUGAAGAUGUGAAUGACACCACCCCAAGGGUCAGCCCAAAUUCUGUGGCAUCUUCCCCCAAUGCAAUGGGAUUCAACUUGCGCAUUGGGAAGCCCAAAGGACCAAGAGAGCCUCCUGCUGAGUGGAGCAGAGUAUAGGCGGCACUUCAGAUACAUAGACACUUAUGUCGUGGAGCCAUCCAAGCUGCUGUAGAUUCACAAAACCAACAAACUGUCCUUGAGGGCCACACACUAAAGAUGAAACGGUUGCAAGCACUAUACUCACAGCCAGAAGAGAAGAACUACAGGAAGUAGGAGAAGCUAUAAACUCCUAAGGAAGAUUGCUUUAGCAGAUCGUGAGUGGUUCUGUGGUCCAGGAAUGAAGCUGGAUUGAAGGCCUUCAACUCCAAGAAUACUUAAGCCCAUCACUGGGCGUGCUCAGUACCAGAAAUAUUUAAGCCCAUUACUUGGAGUACUCAAAACCUGAAUUCAACAAAACAUGAUAGUUUCUGUAGUUGUUUUCUAACCAACAGACAUAGAACCAA